CCUGUGGGAUUUCCGUAAGGAAAGUUUCGUUCAGUUGCAAAGUAAAUUGUCUGGGAUAAAAUGUUUGGAAGCUCGACGGAGGAGGACUUGAAGUCCGACGCGGAUCGCAGCCUUGAGCUGGCCCUCGAGCGAAUCAAGGAGCGCCGCCAGCAGGAGACUUUGUAUUUUAAUAUUUACAGUCGCAUCGAGGUGCACGAGUGGCUGCUGAAGGAUCGUGUGCGAGUUAAGGCCUUUCGCAAGGCCAUUCUUCACAACGAGUCCUUCAAGAACAAGACUGUCUUGGACGUGGGCUGCGGCAUGGGCAUCCUUUCGGUGUUUGCCGCCAUGGCGGGGGCCAAAAAGGUCCUGGCUGUGGACGCGGCCAGCAUCACGGACUAUGCCCAUCGCAUUGUCCAGGAUAAUGGAUACGGCAAUGUCAUAACCGUGAUAAGGGGAAAAGUGGAGGACAUCGAACUGCCCGCUGACAUCGCUAAGGUGGACAUCAUUGUCUGCGAUUGGAUUGGCUCCUGCCUGUUCUCCGAGAAUAUGCUGGACUCGCUGGUUUUUGCGCGGGACAAGUGGCUGUCCGCCGGAGGGCACAUCUUUCCGGACACGGCGCAGCUCUAUGUGGCGGCCAUCCAGGGGUGGGACCAGGAUCUCGGCUUCUGGCACGAUGUGCACGGCUUCGACCUGUCGGCCAUCCGGCGCAGGUGUGAGUCGCUGGCGGUGGUGGAGCCCGUGACCGGUGGCCAGAUGAUGAGCCAGGUGUGCCUGGUCAAAUCGCUGGACCUCUACAAGGCGCAGCGCCAGUCCUCCGACUUUCGAUCCUUCUACGAGCUGAAGGUCACCCGGGACGGCUGGGUUCACGCCCUGGUGGCCUACUUCGACGUGGGAUUCAGCAAAACUCCGCAAGGGAUCGCCUUCAGCACGUCGCCCUGCGCCCCGUGGACCCACUGGAAUCAGACGGUCUUCUACCUGGAGACCCCUCUCCCCGUGAAGGCGGGCGAGCUAAUCAAGGGCGUGUUCGGCUUGAAGGCCAGCGAGCAGAGCAUCUUCGACCUGGAGGUCGACAUCUAUGUGGACUUCGAGGGCAGCCAGAAGUCGGUCACCAGCCAGCAAUUCUUCGUGCUCUCCAGCUCCCUGGCUGUGGAUGGGGUCUAGAGAACGGGAAUAUGCCACACGAAAUAUCCUCGGAUCACAAUAAAAUGAACGACCAGUUAAAUAAAGCAAAAGCCAGCCACAUUGCCUGUGCGCAAUAUUUA